ACGCGUUCAGAGUCAGGGUUACGCGCUGACGCGGUUAGAGUCAGUGAACAAAGCAAGCGUGGUAAAGGGUCUGAUGAGAGUGGAAACACACAGAAAGAGAGAAACGGAACGCUAUCGUUUCAAGAACUCAACUCAAAGCCAAAGCCAGAGAGCUCUCUCAAACACGAUGUCUUUGUAUAUUGGUAAUCUAUCAACUCGAACUCGGAGAGAUGAACUUGAACGUGUUUUUCGAAGGUUUGGGCGCUGUAACGUGCAGCUAAAAAAAGAUGGAUAUGGGUUCAUAGUAUUUGACUACCCUUCAGAUGCAGAGAAAGCUUUGAGAGCACUACAGGGCAAGAACAUCUGUGGGGAGCCAUUGACUCUUACAUGGUCGAAUAAACAGCCUCGACCUUUUCAAAAAUUUGCAAGAGCUGCUGGAUCACAUGAAUCGCAACGUGGAAGAAAUGCUGCGAGAGGUGGAGAUCAUGAUGGUAGAAAAAUGGGUUCAAAUGGUUGGAGAGAUUACAAAAUGCGUAUUAAACAACCAGAUAGUGAUGGUGGAAGGCUUGAUUAUGCUGACAUGCUUGAUAAUGAGGCAGGCGGCCGCCGUGGCCCUCAAGAAAACAUGCAAGAUUAUAUUGAGGAAGAACAUCAAGGUUUGCAUGAUGAAGGUGGUAGUGUUGUAGCUGAUCUGGUGGACAAUGAUAGAUGGGGUGGGCAAGUUCUUGGCACCUCAAAUGGAAAUGGGAUUGAAAAUGGAAUAGGAUUUGACCGAUAUGAACCUUACCAUGGCUAUGAUGGAAAAGAUGAAAUUGAGAACCAAAGGAUAGGAUAUACAGGUGGUUCUUCCGUGCCAAGAAAUUCUCAAGAGAGUUUAGGGAGAGACCAGAUUGGUGAUGCAGCUCUGAACCAUCCUAAUGAUUCUAAACCUUGGCCAACUUGCUAUAGUUGUGGGGCUCCUGGUCACAAAAAGCGCAAUUGUCCCAAAGAAAAUGCUUUGCGGAGAAAGUCCACAAAGUUUGAUCUGAGGCAGAAUGAUGACAUUCGUAAAAAUGGUAGAGGCAGAGGAGAGAUGGAUAGGUUUGGAUCCAAAUCCUGGGGAAACCAGCAGUCAAGUAGGGAUACCAUAACAGCAAGGCAACUAAGGGAUGAUAGGAGGGCAUCUGGUUCAAAAGAUCAUUGGAGGUUGAUAAAAAGUAGAAGUUCCCCUGUCACAAAAGAAACUGAUAGGGACCGGAGAACGGACAAUGGAGGAAAGAAGAGGAGGAGGGGUAUUGGAAGUCCCAAACGAAGUACUGCAAAAAAGGUUAGGAAGUCAAUUUCAUCACCUCAUCAUUCUGACUAUACUGCAUCCAGAUCUCGCUCAACUUCCCAAUCCUCUAAGUCUGUGCCAAAGUCAAGAUUUCAUUCUAGAUCGAGAUCUACAAAUUCCAGAGCACGUUCUUUGUCUUCUAAUUCAAGGUCCAGUUCAAAAUCACCGUAUUCUGGUACCAGAAGUAUUAAGUGUAGGGCAAGAUCAAGCUCGUCAACAUCCUUGUCUCUGUCAGUAUCGCUUGGUCAGCCUUUACCAUCUGCUCCAAAUAAGGCACAGUUGAAUUCAAAAGACUCUUUGUGUAAUGCUACCACUCCUAAAUCCACAGACAUUCCAGUUGAACGGGUACAACCAAUUGACCUUAAUGCUGGGUUGGAUAGUACUGACUUUGAGAAUACAACAAUGGUGGUGAAUAAUGAAAAUGUUCUGUCAUCCUCAAAAGUAGAAGUUGACAUGGAAAAGAACCAAACUCUGGAGAAGGAUGACUACGGCAACCAUAUUACAUCUGGGUCAUUAUAUGAAUUAACAAAUCCAAGCACACCAAUGACAGAGAAAGGUGCACUUACUUCUGGGAGUUCACCUCCAGAGAUUUUGGGAGAUGUGGUGAAAUUGAAAAAUUCUUCUGCCUUACAGAUGGAACAUAUGCCAGCAAAGCCAGAUACAGAAACUUUUGCCAAAUCCCAGACUGGUUGUUCAACCAGUAUAUCAUCAGAGGAGAUGUACAUGGUUCUGAAGCAUUAUGGCCUUGAACCCCCAGAAGAAAAUGAAAGGCAUCUAUCUAUAGAGGCAUACUUUGGUUCUGCUCGCUUUUGGCCGCGGGAUGUCAUCUACUACAGGAGGAUGAAAAAGGGCCUUAUUUCUAUUGAGAACUAUGAUAGACGGGUUGCUCAGAAUAAAGAAUUUGGUAUUGUUGAUAAGUAUAUCAGAAGCAGUAGUGGAUGGGGAGAAAUGGAUAAAGACAACUCUUGAAAGUUUUUGGAUGAGGUGCCGACUUAUUUUUUGUCCUUGUAGAUCCUGAGAUGUAUCUUCAUUUUGAUACUACCAUUUCCCAGUUUCACAUGUAAUAUUUCUAGCAGAUCUCUCAAGUUGAAGUUUUGAACAGGUAAAUUAGCAGAAUAUAUUCAAAAUGAUUAUAGUCCUACACUGACAUGUUGGAAUUCAUAUGACUUUGAUAUUUUAAUGUAGUUUUCUUCUUCA